AUGCAGACCAGUGCAUCAGAUGUCCAAAUGACCAUCAUCCAAACAAAGUUCAGGAUCGAUGCAUCCCAAAGAUUACAGUAUUCCUGUUUUUUAGAGAAAAGUUGGGCGUCAUCCUGGUUUCCAUUGCUUUAUUCUUAUCUCUGAUCACUGGCUUCAUCUUAGGAAUCUUUCUGAAAUAUCUGGAGACCCCAAUAGUCAAAGCCAAUAACCGGGAUCUUUCCUACAUCAUCCUCGUUUCCCUCCUGUUUUCUUUCUUGUCCACCUUCCUCUUCAUUGGGCGGCCAAGGAGAGCUACUUGCCUCCUCCGACAAACAGCCUUCAGCAUCAUCUUCUCGGUGGCUGUGUCUUCUGUCUUGGCCAAAACAAUCACAGUGGUGCUGGCUUUCGUGGCCACAAAGCCGGGGAAGAGGAUGAGCAGAUGGCUUGGGAAGAAGUUCGCCAACUCCAUUGUCCUCUCUUGUUCUGCUGUCCAGAUAAUCAUCUGCUCCAUCUGGCUGGCUGUCUCUCCCCCUUUUCCUGACUCUGACAUGCACUCCCAGCCUAGAGAGAUCAUCCUACAAUGCAAUGAAGGCUCUGUCGCCAUGUUUUAUGUUGCCCUCGGCUACAUGGGCUUCCUGGCCACCGUCUGCUUCACGGUGGCUUUCCUGGCCAGGAAUCUGCCUGCGGCCUUCAACGAAGCCAAGCUGAUCACCUUCAGCAUGCUGGUCUUUUGCAGCGUUUGGGUGUCCUUCCUGCCUACCUAUCUGAGCACUAAGGGGAAGUCCAUGGUGGCCGUGCAGGUCUUCUCCAUCUUGGCCUCCAGCGCUGGACUCCUGGGAUUGAUCUUCAUCCCCAAGUGCUACAUUAUCAUCUUAAGACCUGAUCUGAAUACCAAGGAGCACCUAACAAGAAAAACAUAA